UUUGCCUUCUUUUCCAUCAAACAAGUUUAGUGAGCUCGCGAGCUGCAGUUCGUUUUAUCUGACGGUGGUCGCGGUGGUGCAUUUGGGGACCCAUCAGCGGCGUAUGACAAUGGCAACAUCUGCUCUAACGCCGGCGCUAGAACGGAGGGUGUUUGUGGUGGGAGUCGGCAUGACCAAGUUUGAAAAGCCGGGGUCCCGUGAAGGUUUUGAUUAUCCUAACAUGGCUAAAGAAGCAGGUCAGAAGGCACUUGCUGAUGCAGGUAUUCCUUAUUCAGCUGUGGAGCAGGCUUAUGUGGGCUAUGUUUAUGGUGACUCAACCUGUGGUCAGAGGGCAAUUUAUCACAGUUUAGGACUAACGGGCAUUCCCAUUGUGAAUGUGAACAACAACUGUGCUACUGGAUCAUCGGCAUUAUUUAUGGCCAGACAACUAAUCCAGGGAGGUUUGGCAAACUGUGUCUUGGCUCUUGGAUUUGAACAAAUGGAAAGAGGGUCCCUUUCAUCUAAAUUCAACGACAGGGAGAAUCCAGUGACCAAACACCUUGAAGUGAUAGUAAACAAAUAUGGCUUAGCAGCAGCACCAGUUGCCCCACAGAUGUUUGGAAAUAUGGGAAAAGAACACAUGGAGAAAUACGGGACAAAACUAGAACACUUUGCAAAAAUUGCAUGGAAGAAUCAUAGCCAUUCAGUCAACAACCCGAAUUCCCAGUUUCAAAAGGAGUACAGUUUAGAAGAGAUUUUACAGUCACGCAAGGUUUUUGAUUUCUUGACAGUUUUACAGUGUUGUCCAACAUCUGAUGGUGCAGCAGCUGCAAUACUGGCUAGUGAAGAAUUUGUGAGGAAUAAUGGAUUAGAGUCAAAAGCUGUGGAAAUUGUGGCCCAAGAGAUGACUACUGAUUUCCCAAGCUCAUUUGAAGAGAACAGCUGUACUAAAGCAGUUGGCUAUGAUAUGACUAAGGAGGCUGCCAAACGAUGUUUUUCAAAAGCAGGCCUGAAACCUGAAGAUGUGGAUGUGAUUGAACUUCACGAUUGUUUCUCAUCUAAUGAACUAAUCACUUAUGAAGCUCUAGGACUUUGUCCUGAAGGCAAGGCUGGUGAGCUGAUUGACAGAGGAGAUAAUACUUAUGGUGGAAAAUGGGUCAUAAAUCCAAGUGGUGGCUUGAUUUCAAAAGGGCAUCCACUGGGUGCUACAGGUCUAGCUCAGUGUGCUGAACUGUGCUGGCAGCUAAGAGGAGAAGCCGGAAGGAGGCAGGUUCCCAGUGCAAAGGUUGCAUUGCAGCAUAACCUAGGCCUUGGUGGUGCUGCAGUGGUGUCCCUGUACAGGAUGGGCUUUCCUGAAGCUGCAAGAUGUCGGCAAAUCCAAGCUAUUCCUACCAACGCAGCUGCUGAUGGGUUUAAGGCAAGUCUUGUCUUUAAAGAAAUCGAAAAGAAACUUCAAGAGGAAGGAGAACAGUUCGUCAAGAAAAUUGGUGGUGUAUUUGCCUUCAAAGUGAAAGAUGGCCCUGGGGGUAAAGAAGCAACUUGGAUAGUUGAUGUGAAAAAUGGUAAAGGCUGUGUGGAUGUUAACUCAGAUAAGAAAGCAGACUGCACAAUUACAAUGGCUGAUGCUGAUUUGUUAGCUAUGAUGACUGGGAAGAUGAAUCCUCAAACAGCUUUCUUUCAAGGCAAAUUGAAGAUUUCUGGGAACAUGGGCAUGGCUAUGAAGCUACAGAAUCUACAGCUUCAGGCAGGCAAAGCUAAACUUUGAAGCACUUUUAACUUCAGGAUUUGAUGAAGACUUGAAAAAAAUAAGAGCUAGGCUGGAACUAGGUGUGGGAAUUAGCAUGGUACAAGUUUUCUGAAGACAUGUGAUCAACUCUAGCUUUCCUGAAGCCUGUUUUAAUGGCAGUUUUGCAUUGCCUUCCAUAAAUCAGUCUAAACUGUUGCAAAAUUGUUGGGGUAGCCUAUGACUGUUUAUAAUGGUUAAGACCAACAUGAGGUACCUUGAUUUUAGUAUAUCUGGGAUAGUUUAACACAUUCUAAAACAAAUGAUUGAUCAGUGCUGUCAUUUUUUGUGAAACUUUUAGAAGUAAAAAGAGCAUUGAGAAAAAGAUAGUGUAACUUGUUUCUCUAAAAAAGUUUUUCAUGUUUUGAAAGUCUCUUUCACAGUGGCUCAAGAAAAUAUUCUUAACUAUGGCUGAGAUCCGGAGAACCAAUUUAGGCAGCCCAAAGAUUUUAAGCUUCAGGUAUAUUCCCCCACAAUGUCAAAAACUGCUUUUGAAAGAACCCUCAAUUUAAAAAAUGGUUGGCUAUGUUGGCAUGCAGGUGGAAUGCUGGUGAGAGUUUUCUUAGGCACAGGGAACCAGCUGUGCAGUUUUUUGAAUCCCAACCAUUUGCUUUUUAAAAAUCUUUUCAUUAUGAUGACCAUAUUGGAAAUCAAAUCUGUACACUAAUGAAAUUAAAUAACAGAGCAAAGAAAUUGUACUGCUUAUUCCCUGAAAUUAAGUUUAUGAGAGCAAAGAUUAAGACUUUUAAAAAACAAUUUGUUUAUAGUAUGGAAAUCCAUUUAACUCUGUUAAAUUCUUAUCUUGUCUAAUAUGCUUUUUAACUCACUCCAUGUUGGGAGAUAACAUUCACUGAUUGAACGUUUCAUAGUAAAUUAAAUUGAUUAUGAAAGUUUCAUAAUAAAUUAAAUUGAUUCUAUAGUUUCA